CUGGAGAGGUGUGGGGAAAUACAUUCUCAAUGCUUUCUCUCUUUAUUUCAUGUGGUAUGUCCUUUGGAAACAGGAAAGAAUCGGAGGCUGAAGCAGGCAAAAGAAGAAGCCCAGGCAGAGAUUGAGCAGUACCGCCUGCAGAGGGAGAAGGAGUUCAAAGCCAAGGAAGCAGCGGCACUUGGAUCUCAUGGGAGCUGCACCACUGAAGUUGAGAAAGAGACCCAGGAAAAGAUGAGCGUGAUCCAGCAGAACUUCCAGAAGAACCGCGAGGUGGUCCUCUCGCAGCUGUUGUCACUAGUGUGUGACAUCAAACCUGAAAUCCAUGUGAAUUACCGCAUCAAUGGGUAGUAGUGGAAGAAGGAAUAAGCAUACUGGAAAUGCUGGUAGUAAUGUCUGAGCUUCAGGUGGAAUGUACAGCUCUUAGCCAUACCUUAACAGUUCUUGUAAAUGUGUUAAAUUAUUUCAGUGAGUUGUAGGUCAUCAAUAUCUUGUUGGAGUUCUGUUAGUUUCUCUCUUGACACAAAUUCAGAGCUUAUUCAAACAUUAAAUGGCCAUGUCUCAAAUCUGUGCUAAGUUAUUAAAUAUAUAUUCAAGUUGGCACAUCAUUAAUGCUCCCUUUUUAUCUGGAUAGUAGUUAGUGAGAGGUGUUCCUCUGAGAAGUAGGAAGAAUAAAGAGAUGCUGGCCAG